AUGGCUCACCAGGUCCAAGGAACAGCGUUCAUCACCGGCGCCGCGUCAGGAAUCGCCGCCACCACCACCCACAAACUCGCCCAAAACGGCAUCUCGAACCUCGCCCUGGCCGACCUCAACGUCCCAGGCCUCGAGCAAAUCAGCAAGGAACUCAAAAGCACCCACCCCGAUCUCCGAAUCCUGAUCCUUCCCGUCGACGUCUCCUCCGAAGAUUCCGUCACGGCGGCGGUGCGGAAAACCGUCGGCGAAUUUGGCCGCAUCGAUAUCGGUGUGAAUUGCGCCGGCGUGGCGCAGGAGAUAUGUCCUACGCAUGAGACGCCGAAAGACACCUGGGAUCGGAUGGUGCGGGUCAAUCAGACGGGGGUUUGGUUGUGUCAUAGGGCGUUGGUGGGGGCUAUGUUGGGACAGGAAUCUUUAGGUCCGAGGCACGGCCGAGGCGUUAUUGUUAACGUUGCUUCAUCGUUGGGCGUCACGGCGGCGGAUAUUGGGUCGCCGAUUAGUUGUUAUGUUUCUUCCAAGCAUGCGAUCGUCGGUCUAACCAGAACCGAUGGACGACACUACGCGAAAGACGGAAUCCGAAUCAACGCGCUCUGUCCGGGAUUCGUCGCAACACCACUCAUCCAACCCGGAAUCGACGCGGGGAAUUUCGUACGCGACAUCGAAGCCCUUCCGAUCGGACGGGUCGGUCAGCCGGAGGAGAUCGCAGAUACGAUUCUGUAUAUGGCGUCGCCGAUGAGUAGCUUUAUGGUUGGGGCGGCGGUGGUGGUGGAUGGGGGGUAUAGUCUUUAG